GGAAAUUGUUCAGACUGAUUUCUUUCCCCUCCUUGGUGCUACUCUUUUAUCGUGUCCCAAGAAGAAUAGUGUAUUCAUUCUGUAAUUUGAAGCUCCAGAAAAACUACUUUUAUCGACUAUUUGAGAUUAUUUUGGGAUGAUUGAACCAAAGAAAAGACCGGGAGACAUGGCGGUAAUUCCUACCGCAAUGAAGCGACCCCGGAACGAGCUGGUGGCGGCGGCACAGUCACAGCAACUCGUGGCCACGGGCCCUCCUCGGACCUCCAGCCUGCAAGCUCCCAUCAUGUUGAUGUCAGGCCACGAGGGCGAGGUCUACUGCUGCAAGUUUCAUCCUAACGGAGCCACGCUGGCGUCUUCUGGCUUUGACCGACUCAUAUUUCUGUGGAACGUUUAUGGGGAUUGUGAAAAUUACGCCACCCUGAAGGGCCACAGCGGAGCUGUGAUGGAGCUGCAUUACAACACGGAUGGCAGCUUGUUAUUUUCAGCGAGCACAGACAAGACGGUGGGCAUUUGGGACAGUGAAACAGGUGAGAGGAUUAAGCGCCUGAAAGGUCACACCUCCUUUGUUAACACCUGCUACCCAGCUCGGCGAGGACCGCAACUGGUCUGCACCGGCAGCGAUGAUGGAACGAUAAAGUUGUGGGACAUCCGUAAAAAGGGGGCCAUCCACACCUUCCAGAACACCUACCAAGUUUUGGCCGUGACGUUUAAUGACACUAGUGACCAGAUCCUGUCUGGAGGCAUCGACAAUGACAUCAAGGUGUGGGACCUGCGGCAGAACAAGCUGAUCUACAGCAUGCACGGUCACAGCGACUCUGUCAGCGGGCUCAGCCUGAGCUCUGAGGGAUCGUACCUCCUGUCAAAUUCCAUGGACAACACAGUGAGGAUUUGGGAUGUGCGGCCAUUUGCGCCUAAAGAGAGAUGUGUGAAGAUCUUCCAGGGAAACGUCCACAACUUUGAGAAGAACUUGCUGAGGUGCUCCUGGUCCACUGAUGGCAGUAAGAUCGCCGCCGGCUCUGCCGACAGAUUCGUGUACAUUUGGGACACCACAUCCCGGAGAAUCCUGUAUAAGCUGCCCGGCCAUGCAGGCUCUGUCAAUGAGGUCGUCUUCCACCCAGAGGAGCCGAUAGUGCUGUCUGGAUCCAGCGAUAAACGCCUCUACAUGGGAGAAAUUCAAUAAGCUUCAGCUGAAAGCAGGAUGUCUUGCUUAGAAAAUGUCAAAAGUAGUCAAAGUUUCUGUAAUUUCAUGUGUUUCAGCACUGCAGUGCUGUUUAUGAUUGGUCCCAAGCCUCCACCUUUUUACUGUUUUUUUUUCUUUUUAAUAAACUUUAUUAUUCUGUAAAAGCU